GCCGCGCCCGGGCGCCCCUCGCCGCGGCGGCCGCCGCGCCCGUGCUCCUGGCCCCCGCCGCCGCGCGGAGGCGGCUGGGCCGGCGGCGGCGGAGGGCCCUGCUGCGCGCCCGGGCGGCGCCCCCGACGAUGCCGCUGGUGGUGGACGGGGAGGCCAUCCGCACCGACUCAAGCUUCACGGUGACCAGCCCCGCCGACGGCACCGUUGUUGGGUUCGCGUCGCAGGCGACCGAGGAGGUGAUCGAGCGCGCCGUCGUGUCCGCGAGCCGGGCCCAGCCGCAGUGGGCGCGGCUGCCGCAGUGGCGCCGGCGCGAGGCCCUCGAGGCGUGCGCCAGGGUGCUGCGGGAGCGGAUCGACGCCCUGGCGGCGCUGCAGACCAGGGAGAGCGGCAGGCCUGUCCGCGAGACCCGGCUCGAGGUCAUCGUGGCGGCCGCUAACUUUGAGGCGGCUGGCAAGCUCAUGGACAUUGACGCAGAGGAAUUUCUCUUUGAGGACCCCGAGACCCAGAAGAGAGUUGUCGUGCGUCAGACGCCCUUAGGGGUCGUGGCGGUCAUAGCGCCAUGGAACGCGCCGAUCGUGCUGGGAUGGAAGCCCACAGCUACUGCGCUAGCGUGCGGUAAUGCCGUGGUGUUGAAGCCCUCGCCGCAGACGCCUCUGACCACUCUACACAUUGGCGAGCUGCUACAGCCAUUCCUCCCCCCGGGCGUGCUCAACCUGGUUGUGGGCGCAGACAGCUUCGAGUUCAAUCCUGGCGCAUUCAUUUCCAGCAACCCAUUGGUGAACAAGGUGGUCUUCACGGGCUCGACCGAGGUGGGCCGCAAGGUCAUGACCGCGUGCGCGGAGGCCGGGUUCACCCGGGUGCUGCUGGAGCUCGGCGGCAACGAUGCCGCCAUCAUUCGCCACGACUGCGACAUUGCGGAGACAGUGGAGGGUGUCUUCAAGGCCGCGUUCUUCAACAACGGGCAGACUUGCGUUGCCAUCAAGCGCCUCUAUGUCCACGAGGACAUCUUCGAGCCGUUCGUGGGCGCGCUGGUUGCACGUGCCCGCAAGGCGGUGCUGGGGAACGGCCUCGACGAGGGCGUCGAGCUGGGCCCGCUGGCCAGCGACGUGCAGCUGCGUGCCCUGGAUGAGCUGCUGCUGGACGCCAAACGGAAUGGCGCCAAGGUGCUGUGCGGCGGCGCGCCCAUCGCCGGCCCUCCAGGCGACGACGGCUCCGACACGGGCCUCUUCUUCCUGCCCACCAUCAUCACCGGCGUCCAGGAGGGCACGAGGCUGGUUGACGAGGAACAGUUCGGCCCCGUGCUGCCCGUGAUGUCCUUCCGGAGCGACGAGGAGGCGAUCCGGCGGGCGAACGGCACCCCGUACGGCCUCGGAGCCUCCGUGUGGAGUGCCGACGUGGAGACCGCCAACCGCCUUGCCGACCAGCUGCGCGCGGGCGUGGUGUGGGUCAAUCGCCAUUGCGAGUUCAUCCGCGACGCGCCCUUCGGUGGCAUGGAUCAAUCGGGCAUUGGGCGGUCAGGAGAUCUAGCGAAGCGUGAUCUGGCCGAGUACACGGAGACGAAGACGAUGGUGUUGGCGAUGGUGCCGAAGGCCAAGCCCGCCGUCGGCGCGCUCAGCUCCUACAGCAGCGUCACCGUGGACAUCGGCGCGGAG